CUCCCGGGUAGUGUAUAUUUAUCUGUAAGUGAGCUGUCGGGGAAGGAAUUAAAUAGACACUGCCGGGUCCCUGCCCUCAGACAGCUGAGCUGAAUUGCUUAUUUGCUUUAACUUUUAAAAUACCCAGCGUGGUUUAUUUUUCUCAGAAUCAUUGUAUUGCUGAGCCUGGGGACGCUGUUUUCUUUUACAAAGGGAAAUCUAAGUUCAUUUCAAGGCAUUCGAAAUGGGGAAAGACUAUUAUUACAUUUUGGGAAUUGAAAAAGGAGCUUCAGAUGAAGAUAUUAAAAAGGCUUACCGAAAACAAGCCCUCAAAUUUCACCCGGACAAGAACAAAUCUCCUCAGGCAGAGGAAAAAUUUAAAGAGGUCGCAGAAGCUUAUGAAGUAUUGAGUGAUCCUAAAAAGAGAGAAAUAUAUGAUCAGUUUGGGGAAGAAGGGUUGAAAGGAGGAGCAGGGGGCACUGAUGGACAAGGAGGUACCUUCAGGUACACCUUUCAUGGCGACCCUCAUGCUACAUUUGCAGCAUUUUUUGGAGGCUCCAACCCCUUUGAAAUUUUCUUUGGAAGACGGAUGGGUGGUCGAGAUUCUGAUGAAAUGGAAAUAGAUGGCGAUCCUUUUAGUGCCUUUGGAUUCAGCAUGAAUGGAUAUCCAAGAGACAGGAAUUCUGUGGGACCAUCCCGUCUCAAACAAGAUCCUCCAGUUAUUCAUGAACUUAGAGUCUCGCUUGAAGAAAUAUAUAGUGGCUGUACCAAACGAAUGAAGAUUUCUCGGAAAAGAUUAAACCCUGAUGGAAGGAGUUACAGAUCUGAGGACAAAAUUCUCACCAUUGAGAUUAAGAAAGGGUGGAAAGAAGGCACCAAAAUUACAUUUCCGAGGGAAGGAGAUGAAACGCCAAACAGUAUCCCGGCAGAUAUUGUUUUUAUUAUUAAAGACAAAGAACACCCCAAGUUUAAAAGAGAUGGAUCAAAUAUAGUUUACACUGCUAGAAUUAGUUUGCGGGAGGCAUUGUGUGGCUGCUCAAUUAAUGUGCCAACAAUGGAUGGAAGAAACAUACCAAUGUCAAUCAAUGAUAUUGUGAAGCCUGGGAUGAGGAGAAGAAUUAUUGGAUAUGGGCUGCCAUUUCCCAAAAACCCUGACCAACGUGGUGACCUUCUAAUAGAAUUUGACGUCUCCUUCCCAGAUGCCAUCUCUUCAUCAUCCAAAGAAAUUCUUAGGAAACAUCUUCCUGCCUCAUAGAAUGAAAAUAACUUUGUUGUCCAUAUUUUGAUAAGACACUGAAAAUAUAAAAGGACUAGCAGUUUACCGAUGUGAAUUCUGUAUAAAGAUGUGUAAAUUCUUCUGAGGGUUCAUCAAAUUGCAUGAAUAGAGAUGGGUCAAAUAACUAGGCAAAAUGGAGUUUUACAGUAGAGAUAAAGAGAAAAACCACUCACUGUAUUGUAGCUCUUUUCUCCCAAAUCAGAAAUUUUUAGUUUUUUUUUUUUUGUAAGCAAAAGCUGGCUUUGUGGAGUCAGUAGAUAUAUUUCUAGUAAAGUACUAGUUGAUCCAAGUACUUUAAUAUGUAUUAUGUUCAAAUGAUCAGUAUGAUAGACUUCCUAAUAGAAAAUAAAUUCUGAACUGAACUAACAUGUAGUGUGUGGAAGAGCGUAAAAACCAAAAUUGUGUGGAAAUGUGGUUCAGGUCACCUUGGGAAAUGGUUUUGGGGCCGGUACCAGUAAAAGGGGGACCGAUGCACACUAUCGUUGUGACUCUGAAAGUGCACUGCAGCACCCUUCAUAAAAAGAGAAGGAGUGCCAGGUUAUCUGCUGUGGAAAUGCCAACAGCCUGAGUUACUGAGUUUUUAGAAACAGACCAUUUUCAAAUGGCUAUCUGUAAUUUUAUGCAAGUUGACUAUAUAUCUUGGACUUAAUAAAAUAAGAAGCCCAUUUUGUUGUUCAUUAGUUUUAAGAUAAUUUGUUUAAUGGCAAAUGUUUUUAGAGAAAAUAUUGUUACUUGAAAUUAAUUUUCCAAUCACACUGUCUUCUGUAACUUACAGUGUGCUGUAUGUACCUUAUAUAAUUUCCCUAAACAAUGAACUACCAUGAUAGUGUUAAACCACAGUAUGGGGAAAUAAACACUGCUGCUUAUGGAUAAUAGUGCUACUACUCGUGAUGCACACAGAUAUUUACUUUUUCAUAGAUAGAUAGAUAGAUAGAUAGAUUGUAUUCUUCGGUGUCUUACCUUUUUAAAUAUAUUUACAUUUAAAAAUUA